ACUUAAUUAGCGAUUACAUAAAUGCACAGAAAGAUGUAAGAGAAACAUAAAUCGUUAUUUAUACUUUGCAGUUAAACAUACUUCGAUUCAGCAAGCAACCGUGUAAUUUCGUUUAAUUUCGUUGCGUCAUUUCGAUCUAUAGAUCUCGGUUAUCAAAUAUGUAAUACGUCACACGAACCGUUCCGAUAACCCGGAAUCGAAAGGCAGAGAUCAACAUAUCAAACUGAAAUUUAUUUUGAUUUGCUUAAUUCAACGAGACAGUAAUAUUCAUAGCGUUUCGUUUAAUUCGUGAAUUACGAUGGUACCGUCGAAAAAUUUAAUUAACUCAGUAAACGAUGCUGUGUCCGAGACUUUAUCAGGAUUGUCAUACACAUAUCCACAAUUGGAAUACCACGUAUCGCACAGAGUUGUAAUGUCUUCAGAUUAUAGAAAUCGUCGAGAUAAAGUGGUUUUAGUCUGUGGUGGUGGUAGUGGACAUGAACCAUUCGCUGCAGGUUUUGUUGGUAGCGGCAUGUUGACAGCUUCUAUAGCGGGAUCUAUUUUUUCAGCACCUCCAUCCAUUCACAUCACGUAUGCUCUUCAGCGCAUCGCAGAAAACAGCAAAGUUGGUAUUGUAAUAGUAGUGCCUAAUUAUACGGGAGAUUGUUUGAAUUUUGGUAUAGCGAUCGAGAAAGCUCGACAAGCGGACAUCACGGUAAAAUUAAUAAUAACAUGUAUGUGA